GCCACGCACCCGCCUACGGAAACCAUGCACUAUUGCAGACCCUCCCCGCACAUUGGCACACGAUGUUUCGCUUUACUCGAGAGUCUUGCUUUCUCACUCUUUCCCUAGAAAUGAGAUGGCCGGCCGGCAUGAUAAAUACACUGUGAAUACCCAGUUAUCGUGCGGAAAAGGCCUCGAGUAUUCCACUUCGAGGCAUAGUCACUUCGCUCAUGGGCUCCCUCACACGGCUUUGGGCCUGUCGCAUUGCGCCGGAAGCACACAGAAUGCACAUGCUCUCAUCAAGCGACUUCAACACGAUAAAUUCGCAUUCCUCUUUGGUACCGCGGGCAGACGAGGUGAAGCUGGCCCAAGGUGGUUGUAUUUGUGGCAAAAUUACAUUCGAAAUAGUUGGCAAGCCUAUUCGAACGAUCCUCUGUCACUGUAUGGGUUGUCGCCGAACCACCGGACUGGCAUAUUCCACCAGCAUCACCGUGGCUGCCUCGACAAUGACCGUUCACGGAAAGCCUAAAGAGUGCGUCUUCGAUUCUAAGGAGCGUCCAAAGUCAAGGAUAACAUUUUGCGCCGACUGCUCCAGUACUUUGUGGAAGGAGAGCGACGUAGAGGGUCAGAUGGGUUUAUGUCUCGUUCAAACAGGCGUCUUGCGGAAUAAGAUGAAUGGCUUCAAGCCUCAGGUCCAAGUCAUUACAGCGUUGCGACCGACCUGGAUCGAUCGUAUAUGGGACGCGGGAGGAGCGGAAAGUCCAUGAUCUGGGCUCGGCCAGUUCCGAGGUCUUGAAUGUCGCUGUUGGAUGCUGAGGAGAAGGCGUUAUACUUAUACCC